AUGAUUUCUCUCCGCCCAAACCUUGGCCUAGAUGAAACCACUUCAGUCUUUGGGAAGAGAUGCCCCGAAUACACAGAAAAGACAGAAAAGGAAGAUUCCAGCAAGAAGCCUAUAAAAUAUCAAGGCCAAGACCCUGAAGCGAAAGCAAACCCCGUCGAUGUGCCAGAUCUACACCCUGCAAUGACCAAGGCGAUGAUCAAUAUAUUCCGACAGAAGGGAAACGAAUAUCAAACUUGGAUCAAUGACCCAGACGACACCAACUGCCAAAGGCCAUGUAUUGUUUCGCCUUCGACAUUAAAACUGGACGACCUGAUACAGCCAUCCGCCGACGGGAACCGAUGGGAUGCAUAUUUCAAUGCGUGGGUGGACGCACCCGAGGAAAUCGGGGAUCCCUGUCUACUCGAUCUCCCCACUGGACAGGAUUAUCACAAGCUAUAUCUUCGAAAAUUAGGAGUCGAGAAAGAUGGUUCUGUGGGUUGGAAUAAAUACCACGGACGUGUGGCACAUACUGCAAUCUUCGCUGAUAACAAUGUCAGACUUGAUGGUCCUCAAUGGUCGCAAAUUGCUCAAGCUCACUACCAGAGCUUCUUCGAUAUCGAAUCUUUGAAAUAUGUCUUUCGGAUGACGGUCGUCAAUGAGGAGACACAUACCUUUGUGGAUAAGGUGCUUUAUCCAAGAUAUGGGCUUGAGCUUGCUGGAGAUAGUCAACUGAGAACUUGGCUAUAUGAUACUGAUGAAUAUCAGGAGAUUAUGGGGACUCCGUUGGGAAAAGCUGUCGGUGCCCUGGUUUUGGGGGCUUUCCCUAGAGGUACACGCUGCAUUAUUCAGAUUGUUACUUGGCAGUACGUUGGAGAUCUGCAGAUGAGAUUUGAUAUUUCACGGGUCACUUUAGGCCGAAACUAA